CGCCGCCAGGGGUUCGUCACUGUCACGUGCAACCCGCGUAACCUUGAGCACGUGCUGCGCACGAGGUUCGACAACUACCCGAAAGGUCCGAUGUUCCAGUCGGCCUUCCACGACCUUCUGGGGCAGGGAAUCUUCAACUCCGACGGCGACACGUGGCUAAUCCAACGGAAGACGGCCGCACUGGAGUUCACCACCCGAACACUUCGGCAGGCGAUGGCUCGAUGGGCUAACCGGUCGAUAAAGACCAGACUCUGGCGCAUUUUAGCUGAUCAUUGCCUAAAUGCCGGGGCUGGCGCGGGGGUGGACCUCCAGGACCUUUUGCUUAGAUUGACAUUUGACAAUAUCUGUGGCUUGACUUUUGGGAAAGACCCCGAAACUCUAUCCCCUGAUCUGCCUGAUAACCCUUUUGCGAGCGCGUUUGAUUCAGCCACGGAGGCUACAUUGCAACGAUUUCUCUUUCCGAGCUUUUUCUGGCGGCUGAAGAAAGCUUUCGGCAUCGGCACGGAAAAAAGCCUCAAGAAAAGCCUCGAGGUUGUCGAACGUUACAUGACCGAAGCCAUCGCAGUGCGAAAGAAGACACCGUCCGAUGACCUUUUGUCGAGGUUCAUGAAGAAAAAGGACGGCAAUGGCAACAGCUUUCCUACAUCAGUCCUACAGUGGAUUGCCUUAAACUUCGUGCUCGCGGGUCGUGACACCUCGUCUGUCGCCCUCAGCUGGUUCUUCUGGACCGUGAUGCAGAGGCCUGAUGUAGAGGAGAGGAUCGUGGGAGAGAUUGCGGCGGUGCUUAGAGAGAAGGAGGAGCCUCUGGAAUUUGAGGAGCUGGAGAGGCUAAUCUAUCUCAAAGCAGCGUUGGCGGAGACGCUGAGGCUGUAUCCGUCGGUGCCAGAGGAUUCGAAGUACGUGGUGGCGGACGAUGUGCUGCCCGAUGGUACGUUCGUGCCUGCAGGCUCGGCGAUCACGUACUCGAUCUAUUCGGUGGGGAGAAUGGAAUGGAUAUGGGGGAAGGACUGCAUGGAGUUUAAGCCGGAGAGGUGGUUGUCGAGUGCAGGGGAUCGGUUUGAGCCUUCGAUCCUAAAUAGUCGGGGUUGGCAACCCCGACUAUUUAGAUUAGCAAAGUCCUCGUCCCACCCUGCAUUGAAACGCCACAAACAUAAUACUUCAAUCGUGCUGCUCCGUCAUCGGUUGGAGAUGGUUCCCGGGCAUAAAGUGGAGCAGAAGAUGUCGCUCACCCUGUUUAUGAAGAAUGGGCUUCGGGUUUACGUGCGUACUAGGGACCUUGAUGCUGUUGGGCACUCCAGCUGCGGUCCAAUUUCAGAGAAUCAUGUUGUCAUGCCCCCUGGGACUGUAACUGCAACUGCAGCUUAGGGGGUUCAUCAAUACGUCACGUUUGGAUUUUUCAAGUAUCAUUUUUCAUAACAAUUUGUGUUGGUCGUAUGGAGUGGAUUAUUUUGGGUUUAGUCUGAGUCAAAAAUUGUUUACAUGUUGAUUGAGCUAAAUUAUUGUAUAUCUAUAUACUGAAUGGAAAUGAUGGUUGUAAGGUGAUGGCUCAUUUAGCAAAAUAAACCAUCGAGCUGUCUA